CGAUCCCUACCUCACUUCAAUAACACUUUACAAUCACUAUCAACCUACAAAGCAAGUCAAUCUUCCUCAAGAUGCAGAUCACCUCGGUCGUCAUCCUCGCUGCCCUCGCUGCCAGCAUUGCUGCCAACCCUCUUCCUGAGCCCCAGGGCGGUCUCAGCGGGGCCCCGAUCCGGCGCAUCGAGCGCAAAGCAGAGCGAAGGGGAGGAGCUCUGGGCGAGCGCAAGGAAGAGAAUUUCCUACGUGCCAACCGUCCUCGUGACCUCGAGCUCAUGAAAUCCAACCUUGAGAUACGUUCUCCCACUCUCGAGUUCGACCUGGAAGCUCGCCAAGAAGUUGAAGAGCCCGCAUCUGCAGCUGCGACACCUGCAACCCCCCACGCGCAGAAGGGUGCUGGUAAGCACGCCGGCAGGAAAGCUAGGGGCGGCAAGCGCGGCCGGCGUACCAGGGGCGGCAAGCGCGGCCGGCGUACCAGGAGCGGCCGCGGUGCCCAUGGUCGUGGUGGUAGUAGGCGUGGCGGCCGCAAGAGUCACAAGAAGGUUGUCGAGGAAGCGACCUCUCCUGCUCCUGGCGCAGAGGCAACAUCACCUGUCCCGGACGCAGCCCCUGUUACUCCAGGUUCCGCACCUGCAGCCCGCAGUUUCGAUGAUGACUUCGAGCUGGAGGUCCGCUCUCCCCAAGGCCGCCGGGGCGGUGGGGGAAGGGGUGGCAGGGGCAGCAUGGGCAGGGGCGGCAAGGGCAGGGGCAGGGGCGGCAAGGGGCGUGGUUCCCGCAAGAUGCAACCGCAACAGCAGUCCGAGAGUGAGGAAGCCCCGCCUUCCGCCCGCGACUUCAGCCUGGAGGAGCUUGACUGAGCGCCUUCCCUUCGAGGUUUUCUUUCGCAUCAUUGUACCCUAGUUGAUC